AUGGGUAAUAUUAACAAUAAACUAGUUUUAACACCUAAUGAUUGGAUCAAAAGGAUUGAAAGUUUUUAUGUGUUUGACGACAAACUGGGAGUUAAUAUGCUGUUUGUUACUACCGAUGAUCGGGUCUAUGGAUUGGGUGCUAAUCUCUACGGAUCACUGGGUUUGGGACACAACCAGUGGAGUUUAUAGUUGUGGUUAUAAUAGAUGGGGACAAUUGGGUCAGAGAUAUGAUGAUAAUAAAUAUGAAAAACCAAUGAUUUUACAAAUCAAUGAAAACAAUGAUUUAAUACGUGAUGUGAGUUGUGGUACAUAUCAUACAUUAGUUGUAACCGAAAAUAAUAAUGAAGUGUAUGGUUGGGGUCGCAAUCAUUUCGGACAAAUCGGUAGUCGAGACACCACUUGUGUAGACAUUAAUACACCCGAAAAGAUUGAAUUUAAUGACAAUUAUUGUUUUAAAUCUGUUCACUGUUUUCAUAACUCAUCGUUUGCACUGACAAGUGAUGGACAAGUGUUUAGUUGGGGACUCAAUAGUAGCAAUCAAUUGGGACUUAAUUGCAGUGAUUUGAUAUUAUUUAGACCACAAUUGAUAUGCAAUUUGAAUGGCAUUACAUCAAUACAAUCGGGUGGAGGACAAACAUAUUUUAGUAAUAGUAAUAAAAAUGAAGUAUAUUUUUGUGGUCAAUAUUACAAUGAAAACGUUGUUGCGAUUGAUAUACAAAUGAUACCAAAAUUAAUAGGAAAUUGUAAACAAUUUUCUGAUAUUCAAUCGAUUAUAUCAUAUAAAUGGAAUAAAAGGACACAUUUCUGUUCAAUGGAUGAUAUGGUCUAUGAAGUG